AUGUUUGAUCGUCGCGUUCAUCUCUCCGUCUGUACCGUCAAUAAUUGGGCUCUGGACUUUGAAAGGAAUCUACAGCGAAUUUUGACUAAUUAUGGCGCCAGGUUGCGGUUGGGUCGUGAGCUUGAAAUUCCUGGUUAUGGAUGUGCUGAUCAUUUCUUCGAAUUAGACACAGCGAUUCAUUCGUGGGAGAUAUUGAAGGAGAUUGUGAGAAAUUCUAAGAAGUGGCCGGAGUUGUCGAUAGUAACUGGGAUGCUCGUUCGUCAAGGAAUGCUGUUCUACAAUUGCCUUGUGGCUAUUUUGAAUGGAAAAAUUCUCAUUCGCCCAAAAAUGGAUCUUUGUGAUGGCGAUGUCUAUCGUGAGAGUAGAUGGUUUAAGACACUAUCUACGAUCUCAUUUGACCUCGGCGGUGAAACGGUUCCAUUCAGAGAUAGGGUUCUGAAGUCAUCAGAUAAUGUCGCAGUCGGUCUCGAGAUUUGGGAAGAGUUGUGGUCAGGAUAUACGUAUGUACCUUCAGUUAUCGUUACUAGAAUGUUCAGAUUUCAUAACUGGUCGUACUUCUACUCCGUAGUUGAGUUUUCAUCUUGGGCUGGUGGUAUAUACUUCUACAGCAAUCACCGCGGUUGUGACAGUAACCGAGUUUACUACGAUGGAAUGUCAACGAUUGCGCGAAACGGCAAACUCUAUGCUCAGAUACCCCAUUUUAACAUAGAAGACACCGUAUCGACAGCAGUUCUCGACCUGAAUGAAACAAUCACAUACCGUCACCGUAAAAUCAGUAAUUGUUAUCAGGUGUAUACAUCUCUACUUCCUGAAUAUACCACAAUUCUUUUUGAUGGCAAGCUGACUAAACGGCAAUUAAGUCCCAUCAAGGAACUAUGCCGUGGACCACCGGCCCGGCUCUGGUAUUAUCUUAGAAGAAGUAAAAUGAGUGGAUAUUUCGUGCCACUUUCGGGUGGUCAAGACAGCUCUUCCGUGGCUGCGAUGGUCCGUUUGAUGUGUAAUAACGGAUGGGAUUUGGGUGGAGAUGAUCCUCGUGUUGGUGAGGAUCCAGCUGUUUUAUGCAAGAAGAUAUUGUUUACCUGUCACUUGGCUAGCGAGCAUUCGUCGACUAGAGCGCGACUUUGUGUAGAUAGUUUGGCGAAAGACAUUAACAGCAAUCACUUCAGGUCUGCUUGCAUUCAACUUCGCUUUGUCGGCUUAACACCAUUAUUCUAUUUUGCACUUAAAAAAGGCGACUUGAUGCAUCAAAAUGCCUCCACUAGUGUCAUCGAUUCCAUGCCAACUGCAGGACUUAAACCUCUUGUGAACGGAGAUGUUUCGCAAACUGACGAGGAAGAGAUAGGGCUCACUUAUGCUAAGUUGUCCGUUAUCGGGAAACUCCGGCGACCAAGUGGUCUGGGACGUUAUGGGGUGUUUCUGGCCUUUUUAAGCUGGACACUCGUUUACAAAGAGGACAUACAGAGAUCCUACUGGUACACACGCUUCUUUCUUUCAAAAAUUUCACCAUUUAUCGAAAAUACUUAUCAUGCUACCGAAUACAGUGCUGACGACCACAGAACGGAUAUGAAGCGUCAAUUCGAACAAAUUCGCCUAAAGGAAUCUCAUGGUCAAAAAAAAAAUAUAGUGGACGGAUAG